AGAUCAGAUCAUCUCUGCAAGACUGCAUCCAUGGAUGCUCCCUUUCUUGCCACUUCCCUUGCUGUUCUUACCACCCUCUCUUUGCUUGCUCUACCACUGAGUGCCGCAUCUCAUGAUAUUCUACCACUGAAAUCCUCUCUCAUCGUAGAAGACUACAAAACCAACAGCCUGCAGUCAUCUGAUGGCACAUUCUCCUGUGGCUUCUACAACAUCUACACAAACGCCUUCACCUUCUCAAUUUGGUACUCCAAUUCAGCUGACAAGGCCAUCGUCUGGAGCGCGAACCGAGGCCGCCCCGUGCAUUCAAGGAGAUCGGCGAUCACUUUGCGCAAGGAUGGAAGCAUAGUCCUCUCUGACUAUGAUGGCACGGUCGUGUGGCAAACUGACGGUAAAUUCCCAGAUGUUCAGUAUGUUCAGUUACUGAACACCGGUAACCUUGUCCUAAAGAACUCCAGUGGCAACAUUGUUUGGCAAAGUUUUGAUUCUCCAACAGACACCUUCCUUCCAACUCAGCGAAUUUUUGCUACAACAAAGUUAGUCUCCACCACUCGUUUGCAGGUUCCUGGUCACUACUCAUUCCGUUUCAGCGAUCAGUCGAUAUUGUCUCUUAUAUACGAUGAUGCUAAUGUUUCCGGCAUAUACUGGCCAGAUCCUGAUUACCUGUACUAUGAGAAUAAUAGGAACCUUUAUAACAGCACAAGGAUAGGGAGUCUUGAUGAUUAUGGUGAUUUUUUUGCAAGUGAUCUUGCUAAUAGUAAAGCACUUGUUGCCUCUGAUAGAGGCUUUGGGAUUAAAAGAAGGCUUACCUUAGAUUACGAUGGUAAUCUUAGACUCUAUAGCUUGAAUAACUCAGAUGGAACAUGGACAGCUUCAUGGAUUGCUCAACCUCAAACUUGCAUGACUCAUGGUUUAUGUGGUCCAUACGGAAUCUGCCACUAUUCGCCUACACCAACAUGUUCAUGCCCACCUGGUUACAGGAUGAGGAACCCAGGUAAUUGGACACAAGGUUGCAAGCCUACAGUAGAAAUUGCAUGCGAUGGUACACAGAAUGUGACAUUUUUGCAACUCCCAAACACUGACUUUUGGGGUUCUGACCAACAGCGUAUUGAAAAGGUGUCUUUAGAGGUGUGUUGGAACGCAUGCAUAAGUGACUGCACAUGUAAGGGGUUUCAGUACCAAGAAGGGAACGGUACAUGCUAUCCAAAAGCUUUUCUCUUUAAUGGAAGGACUUUCCCGACACCUUUCGUGCGCACAAUGUACAUCAAGCUUCCUUUAAGUUUGGAUGUUCCAAAGAUCCCCAUUCCACAGUCAAGUGUGCACGAUUCUACACCAAGCCAACUUGUUUGUGAUCAUGUAAGAACAAUAACCACAGAAGCAUUUCUUAACAUGAAUGAGGUUAGUGGGAGUGAAUCAAAAUGGUUCUACUUAUAUGGGUUCAUUGGUGCAUUUUUUGUUAUUGAAGUUUUAUUCUUCGCAUUUGCAUGGUUCUUUGUCUUGAGGAAGGAGAUGAGGUCAUCGCGGGUAUGGGCAGCUGAGGAAGGCUAUAGGGUCAUGACUAGUCAUUUCCGAGCGUAUAGUUAUAGAGAGCUGGUUAAGGCAACUGAAAGGUUUAAACAUGAGCUUGGAUGGGGAGGUUCAGGAGUUGCCUACAAGGGAAAAUUGGAUGACGAUCGAGCUGUGGCCAUAAAGAAGCUGGAAAAUGUUGCGCAAAACAGGGAGGACUUCCAGGAUGAGUUGCAGGUCAUUGCAAGAAUCAACCAUAUGAACCUAGUAAGGAUUUAUGGUUUUUGCUCAGAAAGAUUCCAUAGGUUGCUGGUCUUGGAGUAUGUUGAGAAUGGAUCAUUGGCUAAUGUUUUGUUCAACAGUAAAAUCUUGUUAGAUUGGAAGCAAAGGUUUAAUAUUGCUUUAGGUGUUGCAAAGGGGCUGGCUUAUCUUCACCACGAGUGCCUAGAGUGGGUCAUUCACUGCAACCUAAAGCCAGAGAACAUUUUGCUGGAUGAGAAUUUAGAACCCAAGAUCACUGAUUUUGGGUUGGCAAAGCUGCUGAGUAGAUCUGGGUCUAAUCAGAAUGUUUCACAAGCACGAGGGACUAUAGGUUACAUUGCCCCAGAAUGGAUUUCUAGUUUACCUAUAACAUCAAAGGUUGACGUGUAUAGUUAUGGAGUCAUUCUUCUUGAGCUAGUGUCAGGAAGAAGAGUCUUUGAUCUGAUCGUAGGUGAGGAUGAGAAAGUGCAUUUCAUACUCAAGAAGUUUAUCAACAUGAUUUGUUAUAGAUUGGAAAGUGAGUCAUUGUGGUUAGCAGAGUUUGUAGAUUGUAGACUGGGUGAUGAAUUCAACUACUUGCAAGCAAAAACUUUGGUAAAGUUGGCUGUGUCGUGCUUGGAGGAAGAUAGGAAGAAAAGGCCAACAAUGGAAUCGAUAGUGGAGAGCCUCCUCUCAGAAGAUAGCUAGAAGUUAAUAAAAACAAUAGUGUACCGAAGGAAGAAUAUUUGUAAUAUGGAAAAUCUCUUAAUGGUAGGCUAUGGUGAGAAACAUUCUAGUUCUAGGAGUUUUAGUUUCCUAGGAUCCUAGGAUUACUGCAAUGUAUUAUUGUUUUGUAUAUAUUGUUUUAUAGAAGUGUGUUUUAUUUAGAUAUCAUAACUGGAUCCAUGUUAGUAAUGGAUUAUGGAAUAGUGAUAGUAUAUAUAUAUACUAAUA